AUGAAAGAUGACAUGAAACAAAGCCGUGGUGUGUUUUAUAUCGUCCAAUUUAACUUAGAUACUGAGAUUGACUUUUGGUUGUAUUUUUCUGCUUACUUCUCAUUGCCUGCUUAUCACUCGUGAAAGGCUGUGGCUUUGUAAAGUUUUCUCAUAGAGACAUGGCCUCGGCAGCAAUAGAUGCUCUCAAUGGAAAAUACACAAUGAGGGUAAAAUUGUAUUUCUCUCAGGAAAUUUCAUAAUUAUGUAACUUAUCAUGGUGUAUUUAUAGUUUUUUAUGUAUGACUAGGGAUGUGAUCAACCUUUAACGGUCAGGUUUGCAGAUCCUAAGAAGCCUCGUCCAGGGGAGUCAAGGUUAUACAAUAUUCCAUUUGUUUAUAAUUCGCGGAGUUGCUUUUGCAAUCUCUCUGGCAUCUUGCAUCACAUUCUAUUUAAAGAUAUAUCUUCUGCAGGGGUGGACCUGCAUUUGGUGGUCCGGGUUAUGGUCCAAGAUCUCAGCCGCCAUCAGGACCUAGGUAUGUUUUAUGCGGAUUAAACACAGUCCAAAUAAUUUGCCUUAUUGAAACCAAUGUUUAUCAACUCAGUGUGAUCGAUCUUGACUCUUACGAGUCAGAUCGAUUUUUCAAGAUUCUAGUCCACGAUGAUAUCUAUUUCAUGUUGAAGUUUAUUUUUGAAAAUAUUUUUAUUGCGGUUUGCUCAUAGACUAGUAUUUAUCCAAUCUGAUUUGGGACAUGCUUAGUAUGAUACAAUUUUAUUUUAUUUUACUGAACAUUGAGUCAGUCUGUCUUGAUUGAAUUAAAUCGUUUGAUGUUUGUGCUUAUGCACCUUUUUCACUUGCUUGGUUUUCAUAUUUGUAUUUUUAUUUUAUGUUGCCAAUUAAAAUCAGUAAACCUACCACUAAGAGACGUAUAACUUACUCAUCUAGUGCCUGGCAUCCUCCAAGCCCACGAUCACGUGGUCCAUCUGAUGGUGACAGAUCUUCCAAAAUUGGUGUCCCAACUCCUUCCUCGUUAGUGAGUAUCUGUUGCUUUUUUUUACGUCCUUAAUGAGAACACGACACCAGUUGGAUAAUUUCCUGACUACAAAUCUUGCGAAAUUCAUAGCCUGGUUCCUUGGGUCCUCUUGGCGGUCCAACGAAUGGUUCCAUUCCAGGGGUUGUGCUGACAUCGUCAUCUAUGCCACAACAGGUGCUUGUUGUUUUCACUUCAGUACAACGCUAGGAUUUAAUUUCUUUUCUGCAACUGUGAUUGACAACCUUGUUGUGUCUGUAGUUGCCUCGAUUUUCUCCAUGUGAAUUUUUAACUUCUUUUAAUAAUAGUGAAUAUUUAGUGCUAUUACUAAUUUUAUCCAUUCAGAAUGUGAUUGCGCAUAGAUUUAAGUCAUCUUCUUUGCACCGUGUAAGCAUGUGAUUGCAAGCUGUUGGAAAUGAACCAAGUACUGUUGGGGUAUGGUUACUUUUGCCCCUUAAUCAAUUACUGACUUUGUGAGGCAGCUCAGAUUCGUUGACCUACUGAAGGAGUGUCUGUAAUAUUGUGCUUCCUAGAGGAUUUUGUUGACUGGUAUCCUAGAGGAAUCGAGUUUCUAGUCUCAAAAUGUCAACACGUUGUUGAUCUUUGGGAGGCCAGAGCAAUGCUAUGGGGGCAAAAUGAUGAUGCGUCCUGCUCUAUUGAUGAAACUUGAGAGCAUAUGUUGAUUUUGCCAUUUCUGGUAUUAGUCGAUUCUUUUGAAUUUCCCUGGGUUUUGCUGCCAUAUACUCAAACUGACACCAUUGAAUCGUUAAACCUAAAAUAUAAGAAAGAUUUAUUCUCACAACGCAUAUUCAUGCAAACCUAGUGGUCAUUGUUGUGAUCCUUUUUUUCGGUGCGCUUGCUAGGAUCUUCAAUUAUAUUUUCUCUAAAUUAAUUUAAAAUUCUCCUCAUCGGGUUAGAAUUCUGAAUUCUGAAUCAUGAUAUCAUGGGAAUCUGGGCGAGUGAACAGGAGACAUGUUAAACUGGAAGGGUGCAUUUGAUAAAAUUGAAACUAAGUAAGAAAUUUGAGGUUUCAUAUCUUCAAUUUGAGUAUCUCAGAAGUACUAAAAUUAAGUAACUCUGAUAAGUAGGCUCUUGGAGGUUGGUUUUAAGUACGUUUCAGUUUUUUUUUAAUUUGAUCUUCUGAUUCUCACAUCCUCUGUGUGUGUGUGUGUGUGUGUGUUUCAUCCAGGGCUUUAGUCCAUCUAUCGCCCAAGUGCCACUUAUGGGUCAGCAGGUACUGCCAUUGCAGAAGCCGCUCAUGUCCCCGAAGCACUUGCAACAGUCCUUGCAGAUGCACCCCCCGCCGCAAUCUUCAGUGCCUUAUUCACAGGGGCAGCCUUUGCAGGCACCAAUGCACCAGCAGCUUGGCCAAAUGCAGAUCCCUCUGUCUGGCGGUCUGGGCUCGUUUCCCCAGGCUGCUCUGCCUGGUCAACAAUUAGUUGGGAUUGGUGGCCAGUUGCCGGCUUCGCAGGCAUUGAUGCAGCAGCAGCAGCAGCAGCCGCCUUUGGGCAUGUCAACUACCGGUCAACAGCAGUUGACUGCCCCCAACAUCCCUCCCCAGCUGCUUCAGCAACCUGUCCAGCAGUCUCCGACUCAAAUGAUGCUGCAGCAGCAGACACAGAGCCUGCAGUCCACAUUUCAGUCUACCCAGCAGGCAUUUUCCCAGCUCCAGCAGCAGUUGCAGCAGAUGCAGCCAUCCCUGAGUCAGCAUCAGGGCUCCCAAGCUACUAAGCAGCAGGUGCUGAGCUACCUAAAUCUCUCUCUCUCUCUCUCUCGAUAGAUUUGCAUGUUCUAUAGCUUUUGCCACUGGUCCUGUACCUAAAUCUCAACGUCGCAGUCUCCCUGGAGUGGAGGUGUGCAGCAUCCGGUCUCCAGUGGCCCUGCAGCUGUAACGACUGCAGCAGUUGGUUCUUCAGUUGUGGGUGCGACUCCUUCCAUGCCGGUAUCAUCCGCCAUGACAGCAGGACCCCCCACCUGUAACUGGACCGAGCACACCUCUCCCGAAGGCUACAAGUACUAUUAUAACAGUAUGACAAAGGAAAGCAAGGUGGGGUUUUUCCCAUCUGUCUUCGACUUUUUUUUCCCUUUUUUUGUGUCUUUUCAUCAAUCUAACUUUGCAAGUGACCCACACAAUGGGUCUUCCUCAGUGGGAGAAACCCGAAGAGCUGUCCCUCUUUGAACAACAACAGCAGCAGAAGUUACAGUCGCUGCAGAAAUCGGCUGUUUCUCAGCUUCAGACACAGACCCAGCCGCAGUUGCCGCCUCAGGUUCAGUCAACUCAGCAACAUAUGGCUCAACUCCAGCAGGCGCAAGGUCAGAUGCAGAUCAGGCAGCAGGCACCGACGCAGCAGCUGCAACCUGCUCUGGUGGUCAGUUUUCAUGAACUUCCUAAUAGCAAGGUUUCAAACUCUGUUCUUUGAUUCACGUGGUGUCUGUGUUUUUUAUUUUAUUUUUAUAAAUUUCAGCAACAGUAUCAGGCUCCUGGAGCUCUUAGCAAUCAAAUUACUCAGGUAAUCAAAAGACGAGUUUUAUUUUCUUGUUUCUAGAACGGUUGUGAAGUGCGAGUUUCUUUUCUUUUGUUUUGGUUCUUUGUGGGAUUUACAUCACGAGAACAUUUGGAUGUGUUUAAUUUAUUAGUUAUGCUCCUUAUAGGAUCUGGGUUAUGGCCAUGCGCAGGCCCGUGGGGCCAUUGAUCCUGCUCGUAUUCAGCAGGUAUUUAUUUAUUUCCACAUGGACCUCUCUCUCUCUUCUUUUUUUUUUUAUAAUCUCACUCCCACUUUAUUUUGCUGUCGAGGCGUGACAAACUCUCUCUCUCCCUCCUCUUUUUUUGUAUUUUUAUCUCACUCCCACUUUAUUUUGCUGUUGAAGCGUGAAAGUCUCUCUCUCUCUCUCUCUCUCUCUCUCUCUCUCUCUCUCUCUCUCUCUCUCUCUUUAUUUGUUUACAUAUAACUUGCAGGGACUUCAGGCCGCUCAGGAAUGGAUAUGGAAGAACAAACCAGCAGGUCUGUGACUCUCCUCGUCUAGCCCAUUGAUUCCCCUUGCAAUGCCCUCUUGCUCAAUCUGGGUUCCCCCCUUGGCAAAACCCAUAUCGAGAAUCUCUCUCUCUAGAUCUGUGCCGAUGCAGUAUGAUUUUUGAUGUGGGUUUUUACUGCACUGUGUGAUGUGAGCAUCUCCUUCUCCCCCACAUUCUGCAGGCACUUGAGAUGGUGAUGGCUUUUGCGAGCCGCUGUAGAGCGGAGAGGCCCACAACGCUGCUAACAUUGCUGUUUUUCCCCCUUUUCUUCCUCUUCUUCUUCUUCUGGUCCGUACCUCCGGGAAACCCCCCACCCCCCGGCGACAGCCUGUAGGGCGCUGUUAUGUCACUGCUGGACAGACGAGUGAGGAGUUUGGAGGGUAAUUCUCAUGGGGAAUGAAGAGAGAGAGAGAGAGAAGGAAAAAGGAAGGUCCUUUGUGCUCGGCUCUUUAUAUCCCUCUGUGACUUGGGUACUGGCCCUUCUGUCUAGAGAGAGAAAGUAAAGGUAUAGGUGGGUCCGGCUGCCCCAUCACUUUCCUGCAAGACAGAGUGCGUCCCACUCCCUCAUACGGGACCUUUUCAGCGACGGUCACUUGGGUGGGUACUCGUCCUUCGGAUCUAGAGAGAAAGUAGAAGCGGGCCCCCCGGUUGAUUCGCUCUUUCCCGCAUCUCCCCCCUCCAUAGAUCAGAUCUCUUACUAGAGAGAGAGAGAGAGAGAGAGAGAGAGAGAGAGAGAGACAUAUCUCUACAUGUCCUUUCACACAUGCAGAGAGCUGCAUGGGAAGGAGACAAGGACGAUCUGCAGGCCUCCCUCACCUCGUUCUUCACCUCCUGGCCUACGCCCGCCUGGCAUCAUCUCCCCCUCUCGAUCUACCUUCCCCCCCUCCGCCCAUUGUCGGCGUUUUUACCAGCAGCCAGUAAAGCUCUCUUCGAUUAUGAGAAGCUUGCAUCCCUUCGACGAGAAUCUCUCUCUAGACAAGUAUCACAUAUUGAUUAAAUCUCACUGUUUUUCUGUAUAGAGAUUUAGGAAGGGUUUGGUUGCCCAUGUUGGAGUCGGUGGUUAGCUACUUCCAAACUCAUCUUCCUCAUUGAUAAAUAAAUCUUUUAAGACUCUUAUUAUCAGACAUUAGUUUUUAUUUAAUUAUUUAGUUAUUAUUAUUUCCCAUGAAGCUGUUCAUCGUCUGGCGUUGAUUGAGGUUGUGGAAAUCAGGGUAGAAGAGAGUCAGGGCUUUUGGUGUUUGCGGUAAUGUAAUGGGUUUUACUUUCCUUUUAAGUAUGAAGAAUCCUUCCAGUCUUUUUGCCUGUAUAAAAACGCAGCCAACUUCUAUCUCUCAUCUCGCAGCUACAUCUCUCUCUCUCUCUCUCUCUCUCUCUCUUUUUCUCUAUCUCUCGCUCUCUCAGCCGUCACCAUGGCUACCGCAGUUCUCUGUGUUUCCUUCCUUCUUCUCGUCUACUCCUCCUUCGUCUCCGGCGGCUACAGUGGGGGCAUCAUCCCCCCCAAGGAGCCGACGCCGUGGCCGUCGAGGAAGGGAUUUCCGGCGAGGCCGCCCACCAAGUUCCCGCCCGCGAACCCCUUCUGCCCCCGCGACGCCGUCAAGCUCGGCGCCUGCGCGGGCCUGCUCGGUGUCGGCGGUGUCGUCGUGGGGACGCCGGCGAGCAAGGGCGCGUGCUGCGCCGUGCUCGGCGGGCUCGCCGGAGCGGAGGUGGCGGCAUGCCUCUGCACCGUCGCUAAGGAGAGCGUCCUCGGGAUCGUCACCGAGUGGACGGUCGCCGUCAGCGCGGUGGUAAGCGCCUGCAAGACGAAGGUCCCCGCGGGCUUCAAGUGCCUCUGAAACCGUGCGUGCACCACCAUUCUUCUCUGGUUGUACCCCCCUCUCCCCCUCUCACUCCCCCCGUCGGCUUCAAGUGCGUCUGAAACUGUGCGCAUGUGCCACCAUUCUUCUCCUUCGGCUCUCUCUACUUCCCUUAUCUCUCUGGUUGUACCUCCGUACCGGGUCUCUUUCUCUCUCUAUGGACCGAAUCUUUUCUCGUGUAAUGCGACACUGUGACGCCUUCAAUGUUCUGAUUCAAUGGCCGCACUCAACGGCAGAAGAAACCAGGCUAUGGGUUUUGUGGGGGAAGAAGGAAGGGGAAGACGAAGAUAGGAUGGCGGCCAUGACAGACGUCCGAGGAGGUUUUCCAUGGAAUUCCCAAGUAGUGGCGUACAAGGUUUCUCCAUAGAUAUAGUAAGAUAUGGAAGGAACAGGCCAUCUUACUAUGAAAGAUUUUUUGUAGAUCAUUUUAAUAUGGCGGCAGACGGGGAAGGCAGCUGAGCUUGCCGAGGAAAGGAUCAGAGGGAGGCUGGCAAUCAGAGUUGUGUCAAUCUUCAUCGCUCUCAUAAUUCUGGCACAGAGAUGAGAGCACUGUGCUUGCUUCGGGGGGGUUCUUCUUGGGCGCCGCUCCUCCAUUGGAGGAAACCCCACUGGGCGGCGGCGGCGGCGGCUCGCCGGCGUCGUGGGCCGGGCGGGGCUUCUUGGCGACGGUCACCAUGA